AUAACAAAGGAUCGCGACGCGUUACACAGAGUAGAGUGCAAACAUCUCAAUUGUUAUUGUGUUUCUAUAUCUUUAAUAUUUCAUUGUGCUUGAUAUAAAUCAAAAAAAUAUUUAACAAAUUCCUAAUCCUUACUAAUAUCAUGUAGAUGUAAUGUGAUUUGAUGAUGAUGUACUUAAUUGGAUCCUUUGAGUGUUAUUCACUUUCGUGCACCUAAACUGAAAAGGGCGAGUGUAUAAGUAGGUAUAAGUGUGCCGCGUGAGCAAAGUAAACUAGGCUGUAGUGCGUCGUGUUAAGGCAAUAGUUGCUUAUAAAUAAUGGGUAGAAGAAAAACCGCCAGAGAGUACAAAAAAAAAGUACAUGCAUCUAAAAAAAGAAACAGAAAGCUGAAGAAAUUGUCGCAGAAUCCACCGGGGCCGAAGCCCGCGCCGGGGCCGAGGGUGUGCCCGGCAGCGAGGCGGGGUCGCCAACCAAAAGUGAAAGAGAAGAAAGUCCCGUCUGCGCCACUUCCGGUGGAAGUAACCGGGAAGCGCUCGUGCACGCUCAAAAAGUGCGCGUUCAACAGUUGCCCCAACUACAACCCGCGGCCCGACCGAAAUGACGAAGUUACUUACUUUCCUUUCCCGCACUUCUCCAUCGCUGCUCGUAGAUGGGCACGCGUGGUGGCCCAGCACAACAAAGCGCACUUCGCGCUCAAGAUGCACAUCUACAUCUGCUCCCAGCACUUCCCGCCCUGGCUCAUCACUGCCGAUGGGCAGGGCGUGCCCACGCUGGACAAGGAGGCCGUGCCCACUGCUGAACCUUUCAAACAGGAAGAUUUACAGAAUAUAGAAGAAGUAUUGUUACCAAACGCUGAAUUGAAAGAAGACUCGUAUGUGAAAGUAGAAGUGGAAGAUCCCGAUGACGAAGUGAAACAAGCAGUCAAUAGUUUAGCCGAUAUCCCUCCACCAGAAAACGGGUUAAAGCUACAAUGUAUCAAUCUAGACAACAACGAGAAUGCUACAUUACAUUAUUUGAGCGUAGACAAGGAUUACACCGUCAACCACACACGCGUGGACAUACACAAGAACAAUAUCGCGACUUUACACUAUGUGGAUACGAACAAUAAAGUAAAUCACACGUUAAGGUGUAUAGAUUUAAACGGAGACAAUAUUAACUCGUACGAAGAACUCAUCAACCCCAAUAUUACUAAUACACAGGAAAUAAACAAUCUACAAAUAGAGAUACCGAAUCUGCAAGAUAGUUUUACAAUCAAUCCCAAAGCAAGUAAUGCAGUCAGCAACAGUGAAGAGCCAACUCCUCCAGACAAACAAUUUAAUGAAGAAACCAUACAGACAUCGACUGAUAAUAAUUUAGAUACGUAUACAAUGGUGAAAAGUGAAGAGAUUGAUAUCAAAACAGAAGUUGACGAUACAAUCGGCGAAACUGAUGAUUCCACUUCUCAAAUACAACCGGGUGAUGACGAUGACGAGGAAAACGUUGAAUACAUCGUCAAAAUGGAAUACGAGAGUGAUGAUGACUCGUGACCAAAAACGCUCAAAGUUUUUGACCAAAAUUAUGAACUCGGGAUAAGUGAUAGCUGAUUACAUAAGUUAAUCGUAGUGUAAGUUGAGUGUAAAGUUAAUAACUUUCAUACUUUUUGACCAAUAACGUGAAAUUUAGUGAUAGUGAUAAGUGAACUAGUAUUCGUAUAUCAAAGCGAAUAGUGAUAUUACGGAUAAAUCUUAAACUUUUUGUUUUUUAAAGUGAAGACUUUAAUUUUAGUUAUUCUUUUGUAUUGCUUGAGUAAUGUGAAAAUAGGAGAUUUUUGUUUGAAAAAAUGAAAAUUAUAAAUGAUU